GAGUUGUAGGAUUUGAUAAUGUUAUGAAAGUUAAUAUAUUAGCAGAAAAGAUGGUAAGAAGGUUUACUUCACCUAAUCCAUUCAAUAAUACUGCUGAAAAUACUGAUAAUACUUUACAAUAUUUAUAG